AUGGUAGAAACUUUUUCAGAAAAUGAUAAUUUUACACUUUUAUAUCAAAACUUUGAAAAUCAGUUUAUGGAAUUGUUGAGAACGAAUCCAUUCACUUUGUUCUUGCAAAAACAAUCGCUUGAGAUUGAACGUUUGAAUAAACAUUUUAAGGAUAUGGAAUUUAAGCUUGAAUCCUAUGUAAAAAAUAAUGAUUUUGAACCAUUUAAAUCUCGUAUUACCGAACUCGAAAAAGAAAAUAAAUGCAAUCAAAAAGAAAGAGAAUCAUUACUAAGUGAGAUUAGAGAUUUACAAGUAGAAAAUAAUGAAUUAAAAAAUAAAACUUUACGGAUGUCCAAAGAAAUUAAUCAAUUACAAAAUACGGCUAAAGAAUUUAAUGAAAUAAAAUCACAAGUCAUUAAUACGGAAUCACAAGUACAACAAAAUAUAGAAGAUAAUAUUGCUCUUGAGAUUCGAGUUAAUAAAUUGGAAAAAGUUGAAGCUGACAGAGAAAAACAUUCUGCUAGAAUUAGAGCUAGAAAUUAUUCAACUGGAAAUUCCGGAUUCAAAAAAAUCUCACAAAUCAAUGAUAAAUAUAAAUCACCACUUACAUCCGAUUUAGAAAAGAAGAUUUACGAUGUAAUAGAUCUUGAUUCUGGAUAUACUCGAACGAAUUUAUUACCUGCUUAUGGAUUUUUCAAUUCAAUAAAACAAUUUAGUGAUAAAUUUCUACAUGGGGAAGAAAUAGAUGAAAAUAUUUCUUUAUCUACUUAUUUAUGCGAUUCAUCUUUAAAUUUCUGGCCGCAAAAUGUAUCUAAGGAAUUAGUUAAAGAAUUAAUUCCGACUUCACUAAAAGUUAAACAUACAUUUGCUGCUUAUGAUUUUAUUAUUGAACAAGUUUCUCAAUAUCAUGAAUUCGAACAGAAACUCAAGAAUAAUUCUUGA